GCGGGUCAUGGCUUUUAAUAGGGUUCCAAGGCCUCCAAGCUCCAACCCCCACUAGGCCACUAAACGUUCUCCAUUGAAGCGCAGUUCACGUUCUCCCGUUGAAGCGCAGUUCACGUUCUCCGUUGAAUCUUAUACUUGUAUCCCUCGUUGAAGCAGCUUCUGAGGCGUAGUAGGUGAAGAGAAAGUCAGCAUAUUGUCUAUCGCUGUGGUGAUGGCACUUCGAAAUGCGAGUUUGUUCUCCAAAUCAGCUUCAACGGAUAAUCGGUUCCAAGUAAAAUUGAGGUCUCCCUGCAGCUUCUCUUCUCCAGUAAAAGUGGGUUACAAGCAGAGAUUAAUGGUAGCAGCUCUAGAUCACAAGAACAACGUCGGUGGCGGAGAUGCCAAGAAGGGUGCAGUCCCCAACUCUAAUUAUGUGGUACCACUUGAUAAAUCUGCAUCUUGCAUCACUCGUCCACUUGCCGAGAUCCUCCGAGAUCUCAACAAAAGGAUUCCUGAUAACAUCCUCAAACCCAACUCCAAAAUUAUUCCAUGGUACCACGCUAAUCGAAUGUUGAGCUUCUAUGCCCCAGGCUGGUGCGGAGAAGUACGUGAUGCUAUCUUCUCUGAUGAUGGAAGUGUAACAGUUGUCUACCGUGUGACUAUACGAGGAUCUGAUGGAGAGGCAUAUCGUGAAGCUACUGGAACAAUAUUGUCUAGUGACCCAAAUACUGCUGACCCAGUUGCUGCCGCAGAAGAGAUUGCUUUUGUCAGGGCCUGUGCUCGUUUUGGGCUUGGGUUGUAUUUAUAUCACGAGGAGUAAUUCAUUUUUCCCAUGUUUAUUCUGGAUUUUGAUGUACAUACAAUCAUGUCUAGAUAAAGACGUGUCACAUGACAUAUCAUACGUGUUGACAUUGAAUGAGCAUCAGGGGAAAGCUUGAUGCCUUUGAGAGCUGUAAUUCUCUCCUGAAAGUAAAGCCAAACAAUGAGUUUACGACUAGUACAAGCUAGUAUACCCAUCGGGGGAUUUGUCUGACUUUGUCUUGUCAAAUGACAUGAUUCAGAAGUAGUUUGAUUGGACACUUGGAUAUAGCUAUGCUUGUUUAUUUCAAGUAGUUUGAUUGGAUAUAGAUAUGCUUGUUUAUUUCAAGUA